AUGCAAUCUCAGCAACUACUCUCCGCCAGUUACCGAUUUCCACAACUAUCUCCAUCUCACUCUAAUGUUGGGAAGAAUAUGCAAAAUGAAGGACCUGGAUCUUCCGAGAAUGAAGAUCCUGAUUCUUCACGUCGUGAAGAUGCCUCAAGCAUCCAUAACUUGCACACUCUCGGCUCUAAUGUAUCGAAUCAUGUUGUGGUUAACCCCAGAAGUAGCUUGAGAUCUGCUGUAACGAAGUUAGUUUCCAGACCUGAAGAUGAGCAUUUACAUUACAGUUCAAAAUGUAUGAGUAAUGUCACCCAUUCCAAUGCUGCUAAUUCGUCUCAGACUACUAACUGUUCUCCAAAUUCCAAGGAUGGCCUUAACACAUCUGCUAUGAAAGUCAUUGAUCAGUUUAGAGGAUCAGAUUUGACCAAUCAUUUUCCAAUAGAUGUUGGGAGUGAUGUUGCUGGAAAAUAUAGUGACAAGGGUCUUUUUCCAUAUGAUCUGUUUGUCAAGCUUUAUAACUGGAACAUAGUGGAUUUCCAACCGUUUGGUCUUACAAAUUGUGGAAACAGCUAUUUUGCAAAUGCUGUACUCCAGUGCUUGGUACUUACUCCACCCUUGACAGCAUAUUUGCUUCAAGGACUUCAUUCUAAAUCAUGUGUGAAUAAAAAAUGGUGUUUCACUUGUGAGUUUGAAAGUUUGAUUUUAAAGUCAAAAGACACAAAAUCUCCUCUCUCGCCUAUAGGUAUACUCUCUCAACUACAGAAUAUUGGAAGUCAACUUGGUAAUGGAAGAGAAGAAGAUGCACAUGAAUUUCUAAGGUACGUGGUAGAAACAAUGCAAUCUGUCUGCGUUAUGGAAUGUGGGGUUGAUGCAUCAAACGCAUCAAAAAGCCCUUCCAUUUCUUCAUCUUCAUCCUCCUUCUCCCCCGCUUCCUAUUCUGCUGUUUCCGCUCCCAACAAACAUGGCCGCAUCCUCGUUCUAACCUGA